AUGAGCUUGCCACCGGAGUGCUCGCUCGAGGCGACCCCCCUUCCGGUGUGCUUCGCGCAGGCCCAGGCAGCAUAUCACUGGGUGGACGGCUCCAGUCUCGGCGGCGCGGACCCCGCCCUCCAGCAGCGCGUCGCGGAUGGCCUUGCGUUUGCUGAGAAGGCUGCCGAGCUCGUGUCCUCCUUGUCCGUCUUCUCGGCGAACGAGGAGCUCGAGGACAUCAACACCGGCGACCUAAAGUAUCUGCUCCUGCCGUUCCUUCGAGCCGAGCUCAUCCUCCGCAUUCAGCCCGAGGAGGCUGCGGGCUGCCACGACGUGCGUCUGAAGCACCUGCGGCACGCAGCGGCCCUGCUCGAGGCAUUCCUGCGCGAUCUCGAGGCGCGGCGUGCGCUGCGCGCCGAGGCGCGGGCGGGGUGGGAGGAGGCGUGCGCGGACAAGCCACUCGAUGCCGCCGCCUCGCGCACCCUCAAGAAGCCGGGGCCUGAAGUUCCCCUGGAGCCCUAA